UAAACUAUAUUUUAUGCUCUUUUUACAAAACAUAUUAUAGCUUAUUCUCUAGCAAAUGCUGAACUGAAAAAAACUAAGACAGCCGUAAAAAUUUCCAGAAUGACAGCAACAGACGCAAAGCGGGUCUUCGGUUUAUACUUGACACCUUGAAAACUCAAUAAAUGUCGGUUCAUAACUCAGGCUUAUCGGGGAAUUGUGAACGCUUUAUAAGGCAGCUGUGGCACAUCGUCUGCCAACAGUUGGAAGUUAGAAGUUCGUCGUCAUGUCAACUGGGAUCAAAGUAUGGGAGCUAUCGCUAGCGUUGCUGCUGAUGCCAAUGCUGCUGCAGUGCAUACAAGGAGAAAUGGGAGAUCAUAUGCAGCAGCUUUUGCAACUGGACAACAUAAUUACGACCAGGAUCAACACCGUGCUCAAGCAAUAUGAACAAUUGGAAAGUCAAACUGAAAACAAGGAAUUUGUGCAGCAAUAUGAACGCCUGAAAUUGGCAGUGGCUUUGCCCAUUUCGCAUCUAGACGAAAAGAUUAUGAUCUACAACGAGUACCUCGCCUACCACGAGACACUUCAACAGCAACAGAGCUCGGAAGCCUCGAGCCACAAUCAAGAGGCUAUCGUCGUCGAUAAGGAGCAGCGUGCUGCAAUGUACAACGCCUUUCAGAAACGGGUGUUAAAACUAUUAGGGAGACUGGGUGUCUCCGAUUCAUUCACCCAACGCGUCUUCAAAGCCAUCUUCAGCGAUGAGAACCAACUCAGGAAGUUAAAGAAAAUGCUUGACAGCCUGAACGACGACAGCGAUUCAGACUGCUGCCUGUGGGACUUCAUAUUUGGUUUAUUUUAAGUAAGACGAGAAUUAGUUAUCCGAUGUAUUUCUAUUCAACUUCAGUUUGUAUAUUUUAUAAUGAAUGAUUUUACGGCAAUUAAACCCUA